AUGGAUGGGGACACGAUUCAAAGAAAAGACCUUUCUGAGGCUGAACAUGAUGAUUUGGCAUCUCUCCAUGCAGCAGCAUCCAAUGGUCACCUCGAUGUUGUACAGGUUCUCAUUGGCGAAGGAGCAGAUAUAAACAUGGCUGAUAAUGAUGGCAAGACACCUCUCUACGCAGCAUCCUUUAAUGGUCACCUCGACGUUGUACAGUUUCUCAUUCGACAAGGAGCAGAUCUAAAUAGGGCUGAUAAAGAUGACAGGACACCUCUCUACGCGGUAUCAUCCAACGGUCACCUCGAUGUUGUAGAGUUUCUCAUUGGCCAAGGAGCAGAUUUAAAUAAGGCUAGUAAAGAUGGCCGGACACCUCUCUACAUGGCAUCAUUCAAUGGUCACCUCGAUGUUGUACAAUUUCUCAUUGGCCAGGGAGCAGAUCUAAAAAGGGCGGACAAAAAUGGCUGGACACCUCUCUACAUGGCAUCAUUCAAUGGUCACCUCGAUGUUGUACAGUUUCUUAUUGAUCAAGGAGCAGAUCUUAAAAGGGAGGAUAAGGAUGGCAGGACACCUCUCUACGCGGCAUCAUUCAAUGGUCACCUCAAUGUUGUACAGUUUCUUAUUGAUCAAGGAGCAGAUCUUAAAAGGGAGGAUAAGGAUGGCAGGACACCUCUCUACGCAGCAUCAUUCCAUGGCCAUCUUGAUGUUGUACAGUUUCUUAUUGGUCAAGGAGCAGAUCUAAAAAGGGCGAAUAAAAUUGGUAUGACACCUCUCCACAAGGCAUCGGCAAACGGUCAGUUCGAUGUUGUACAGUUUCUCAUCGGCCAUGGAGCAGAUCUAAAAAGUGUAAGUACCAAUGACAGUACACCUCUAGAAAUGGCAUCUCUCAAAGGUCACCUCGAUGUUGCAGAGUUUCUCAUCGGCCAGGGAGCAGAUUUUAAGAGGGCGGAUAAAAAUGGCAGCACACCUCUCUACGCGGCAUCCUUUGAGGGUCAUCUCGAUGUUGUACAGUUUCUAAUUGACCAAGGAGCAGAUCUUAAUAGGGGUAGUAAUGAUGGGAGCACACCUCUAGCAAUUGCAUCAUUCAAAGGUCACCUCGAUGUUGUACAGUUUCUUAUUGGACAAGGUGCACAUCUAAAUAGUGCUAGUAAGGAUGGAAGGACACCUCUCCAUGCGGCAUCAGCAAACGGUCACCUCGAUGUUGUACAGUCUCUUAUUGGUCAAGGAGCAGAUGUUAAAAAGACGGAUAAGGAUGCCAGGACACCUCUCUACGCGGCAUUAGGAAACGGUCACCUCGAUGUUGUACAGUUUCUCAUCGGCCAGGGAGCAGAUCUUAAAAGGACGGAUAAAGAUGGCUGGACACCUCUCUACAUGGCAUCAUUCAAUGGUCACCUCAAAGUUGUACAGAUUCUUAUUAGUCAAGGAGCAGAUCUAAAAGGGGCGGAUAAGGAUGGAAGGACACCUCUCCACGCGGCAUCAGCAAUCGGUCACCUCGAAGUUGUACAGUUUCUCAUUGGCCAAGGAGCAGAUUUAAAUAGUGCUAGUAAUGAUGGCAGUACACCUCUAGAAAUGGCAUCUUCCAACGGUCACCUCGACGUUGUACAGUUUCUCAUUUGCCACGGGGCAGAUCUUAAUAGUGUGGAUAAAGUUGGCCCGACACCUCUCUACACGGCAUCACUCAAAGGUCACCUCAAAGUUGUACAGAUUCUUAUUGGUCAAGGAGCAGAUCUAAAAGGGGCUGAUAAGGAUGCCAGGACACCUCUCUACGCGGCAUCAUUAAAUGGUCACCUUGAAGUUGUACAGUUUCUCAUUGGCCAAGGAGUGGAUCUAAAUAGUGCUUGUAAUGACGGCAGAACACCCCUCUUCGUCGCAUCAUCCAAUGGUCACCUCGAUAUUGUACAGUUUCUCAUUGGCCAAGGAGCAGAUCUAAAUACUGCUAGUAAUGAUGGCAGUACACCUCUAGAAAUGGCAUCACUCGAAGGUCACCUUGAUGUUUUACAGUUUCUCAUUGGCCAAGGAGCAGAUCUAAAUAGUGUGGAUAAAGAUGGUAUGACACCUCUCUUCACGUCUUCAUUCAAUGGUCACCUUGAUGUUGUAGAGUUUCUUAUUGGCUUAGGAGUGGAUCUCAAUAUUGCUUGUAAUGACGGCAGAACACCCCUCUUCGUCGCAUCAUCCAAUGGUCACCUCGAUGUUGUACAAUUUCUCAUGGGCCAAGGAGCAGAUCUAAAAGGGGUGGAUAAGGAUGGAAGGACACCUCUCCACGCGGCAUCAGCAAACGGUCACCUUGAAGUUUUACAGUUUCUCAUCGGCCAAGGAUCAGAUUCAAAUAGUGCUAGUAAUGAUGGCAGUACACCUCUAGAAAUGGCAUCACUCGAAGGUCACCUUGAUGUUGUACAGUUUCUCAUUGGCCGAGGAGCAGAUCUAAAUAGUGUGGAUAAAUAUGGUAUGACACCUCUCUUCACGUCUUCAUUCAAUGGUCACCUCGAUGUUGUAGAGUUUUUCAUUGGCCAAGGAGUGGAUCUAAAUAGUGCUUGUAAUGAUGGCAGAACACCCCUCUUCGUCGCAUCAUCCAAUGGUCACCUCGAUGUUGUACAAUUUCUCAUUGGCCAAGGAGCAGAUCUUAAUAGGGGUAGUAAUGAUGGGAGCACACCUCUAGCAAUUGCAUCAUUCAAAGGUCACCUCGAUGUUGUACAGUUUCUUAUUGGACAAGGUGCACAUCUAAAUAGUGCUAGUAAGGAUGGAAGGACACCUCUCCAUGCGGCAUCAGCAAACGGUCACCUCGAUGUUGUACAGUCUCUUAUUGGUCAAGGAGCAGAUGUUAAAAAGACGGAUAAGGAUGCCAGGACACCUCUCUACGCGGCAUUAGGAAACGGUCACCUCGAUGUUGUACAGUUUCUCAUCGGCCAGGGAGCAGAUCUUAAAAGGACGGAUAAAGAUGGCUGGACACCUCUCUACAUGGCAUCAUUCAAUGGUCACCUCAAAGUUGUACAGAUUCUUAUUAGUCAAGGAGCAGAUCUAAAAGGGGCGGAUAAGGAUGGAAGGACACCUCUCCACGCGGCAUCAGCAAUCGGUCACCUCGAAGUUGUACAGUUUCUCAUUGGCCAAGGAGCAGAUUUAAAUAGUGCUAGUAAUGAUGGCAGUACACCUCUAGAAAUGGCAUCUUCCAACGGUCACCUCGACGUUGUACAGUUUCUCAUUUGCCACGGGGCAGAUCUUAAUAGUGUGGAUAAAGUUGGCCCGACACCUCUCUACACGGCAUCACUCAAAGGUCACCUCAAAGUUGUACAGAUUCUUAUUGGUCAAGGAGCAGAUCUAAAAGGGGCUGAUAAGGAUGCCAGGACACCUCUCUACGCGGCAUCAUUAAAUGGUCACCUUGAAGUUGUACAGUUUCUCAUUGGCCAAGGAGUGGAUCUAAAUAGUGCUUGUAAUGACGGCAGAACACCCCUCUUCGUCGCAUCAUCCAAUGGUCACCUCGAUAUUGUACAGUUUCUCAUUGGCCAAGGAGCAGAUCUAAAUACUGCUAGUAAUGAUGGCAGUACACCUCUAGAAAUGGCAUCACUCGAAGGUCACCUUGAUGUUUUACAGUUUCUCAUUGGCCAAGGAGCAGAUCUAAAUAGUGUGGAUAAAGAUGGUAUGACACCUCUCUUCACGUCUUCAUUCAAUGGUCACCUUGAUGUUGUAGAGUUUCUUAUUGGCUUAGGAGUGGAUCUCAAUAUUGCUUGUAAUGACGGCAGAACACCCCUCUUCGUCGCAUCAUCCAAUGGUCACCUCGAUGUUGUACAAUUUCUCAUGGGCCAAGGAGCAGAUCUAAAAGGGGUGGAUAAGGAUGGAAGGACACCUCUCCACGCGGCAUCAGCAAACGGUCACCUUGAAGUUUUACAGUUUCUCAUCGGCCAAGGAUCAGAUUCAAAUAGUGCUAGUAAUGAUGGCAGUACACCUCUAGAAAUGGCAUCACUCGAAGGUCACCUUGAUGUUGUACAGUUUCUCAUUGGCCGAGGAGCAGAUCUAAAUAGUGUGGAUAAAUAUGGUAUGACACCUCUCUUCACGUCUUCAUUCAAUGGUCACCUCGAUGUUGUAGAGUUUUUCAUUGGCCAAGGAGUGGAUCUAAAUAGUGCUUGUAAUGAUGGCAGAACACCCCUCUUCGUCGCAUCAUCCAAUGGAGCAGAUCUAAAAGGGGCGGAUAAGGAUGGAAGGACACCUCUCCACGCGGCAUCAGCAAACGGUCACCUCGAUGUUGUACAGUUUCUCAUCGGCCAGGGAGCAGAUCUUAAAAGGACGGAUAAAGAUGGCUGGACACCUCUCUACAUGGCAUCAUUCAAUGGUCACCUCAAAGUUGUACAGAUUCUUAUUGGUCAAGGAGCAGAUCUUAAAAGGACGGAUAAAGAUGGCUGGACACCUCUCUACUUGGCAUCAUUAAAUGGUCACCUCAAAGUUGUACAGAUUCUUAUUGGUCAAGGAGCAGAUCUAAAAGGGGCGGAUAAGGAUGGAAGGACACCUCUCCACGCGGCAUCAGCAAUCGGUCACCUCGAAGUUGUACAGUUUCUCAUUGGCCAAGGAUCAGAUUUGAAUAGUGCUAGUAAUGAUGGCAGUACACCUCUAGAAAUGGCAUCACUUGAAGGUCACCUUGAAGUUGUACAGUUUCUCAUUGGCCAAGGAGCAGAUCUAAAUAGUAUGGAUAAAGAUGGUAUGACACCUCUCUUCACGUCCUCAUUCAAUGGUCAUCUCGAUGUUGUAGAGUUUCUCAUUGGCCAAGGCGUGGAUCUAAAUAGUGCUUGUAAUGAUGGCAGAACACCUCUCUUCGUCGCAGCAUCCAAUGGUCACCUUGAGGAGGUACAGUUUCUCAUUGGCCAAGGAGCAGAUAUAAAUUGGGAAGAUAAGGAUGGAAAGACACCUCUCCUAGCGGCAUCUCUCAAAGGUCACCUCGAUGUUUUUCUCAUUGGCCAAGGAGCAGAUCUGAAUAGGCAUGGUAAUGAUUUGAGCACACUUCUAGAAGCAGCAUCACUCAAAGGUCAUCUCGAUGUUGUACGGUUUCUCAUUAGCCAAGGAGCAGAUCUAAAUAGUGCAGGAAGUGAUUUAAGCACACUUCUAGAAGCGGCAUCAUCCAACGGUCACCUCGAUAUUGUACAGUUUCUCAUUGGCCAAAAAGCAGAUCUUAACAGGGCUGGUGUUUGUCAGGGGCAAACGCCUCUCCAAGCGGCAUCAUUCAACGGUCACCUCGAUGUUAUCCAGCCGUUUGUUCACAACAGGAAAGCGGGAGUGUCGAAAAACAGGUGGAUAGCGAAGCAAACGUACACACCUCAAAAACAGAACAGCUCAACAUAG